AUGGCGGACAAUCUGAGCGCUUCGGCGUCAACUUCUCUCUCCAACGAAACCCAUCUCUUCUGCAACUCUCUCUCUCCUCCAAAUCUCCAUCAACUCAGAACCCAUAAAAAUCUCUUCUUUCCUCUCAAAAUCCACCCCUCGAACCCCAAUCUCCGCGUCUCCUCCAGAGUUUCAUUACAAGAACCACCCGCCGCGAACACACUGGCCGAAUCUUUAGAUUCCUGCGCCCGCGCCCCCGUCGAAGAGGAUGUUUCGAGCGUGUUGAAUAUUCUCGGAGAUGGAGUAUUGGAACAGGACGCAGUGAUUGUUCUGAACGGAAUGUCGAAUACCGAAACUGCCCCUCUGGUGCUCGAUUAUUUUCGGAAGAGGCUGAAGGUGAAGAGAGAAGUUGUGCUGUACAAUGUGACCAUGAAAGUAUUUCGAAAGUGCAAAGAUUUAAUCGGGGCGGAAAAUUUGUUCACUAAGAUGCUCGAAAAGGGGGUUAAGCCCGAUAACGUAACUUUCUCGACGCUGAUUAGCUGCGCUAGGCAGUGCUCGUUGCCCGAGAAGGAGGUCGAGUGGUUCGAGAAGAUGCCGUCGUUCGGGUGUGAGCCGGAUAAGGUGACUUGUUCGGUGAUGGUGGAUGCGUACGGUAGAGUUGGCAAUGUGGAACUUGCGUUGAGUUUGUAUGAUCGCGCGAGGAGCGAAAAAUGGCGGCUCGACGCGGUAACUUUUUCGACGUUGAUUAGGAUUUACGGGUCGUUGGGGAAUUUCGACGGGUGCUUGAAUUUGUACGAAGAAAUGAAGGCGUUAGGUGUUCGACCAAAUGCUUACCGAGAGAGUGAAAAUGGGUUUUCAGAUGCAGGUGUAAUUUGGGAGCGAAAGUGA